GUUAAUCUGUGAUACAAACUUGUUGAAAAAAAAAACUCGACAUACUUACUAUAGUAUUUACUUACAUACGGUAUUACAUUUAAUACAUAACAAUUGAGGUAUUGUUAUUUGCUACAUAUUUUUUAAUUUCGUUCACCGUGAACAGUUCUAUCGUUCAACCGACGAGGAGACAAUCGGUUUUGGACCCACGCACGACACGGUUCUCUAAUUUUCAGGAAUUUUGUCUCGCCCAUGGUGAUCAACCGGUGCGAACUCAACAUUAUGUCUUCCGCUGUCGGAUGCGGUUCGCUGCCGCCUUAGCAUAAACGAUUGUCCAACGAUUUUUGUCAGUCUACUGUCGUGAGUGAGUCGUCACGGUUAACACAUUAAGUUAACGUGCACCGCACGAUUGGUCAGGCCCGAAUACAGUACAUUGAGCCAUGGAGAACGACGUGAGACAUGAAUUGCAGCCAACAGUUGACGACGACAACAAUUGUGGUCCGUUGACUUUGGACUUGCUUCUAAAACAAAUAGACGAAUUGAAAUUGGAGAAAAAAGAGUUUGGCUUGCAACGCGCCAAAAUGAAGGGGUUUAUACUGCAAAAAGAAGAGGAACUCAAGCGUAUGUCAACUCUCUCAGCCGAAUUGAAGAGGUUACAAGACGAGUUAGAUGAAUCACAAAGUCAGCAUACUGUAACUAAACUUGAAAUGGAAGGACGGUUUGAAGAACAAACCCGCAAAUAUAAUGAAGAGAUUUCAUCAUUGCAUAAAGUGGUUGCUGAAACUUUAGAAGAAUCGAGGCGACGUGAAAAUGAAACUAAAAUAUACAAAGCAAUGAAUGAAAAAUUGGAAAAUGAACUAAAAAAUUGUCGCAAUCAAAUGCUAAUUGGCCAGCAGGGAAAUAAUAUACUGAGUGAAUCAACACAGCAACAAAUACGUAAUGUACCUGGUACAGUUCUUUCUGCUAUUGCUAGAAAAAUGACAAAUCUUGCUUCUAGCACUGAAUCUGACGAUUACAGAAAGUCUCAGGACGAUGAAGAUAAUGUGUAUAAAGCUCUAGUGGAUCCAUUAAAAGAAGAAGUUGAAGCACUAAAAGAAAAAAUUCGUGAAAUGGAUACAGAUAUCAGCUACUAUAAAACUAAAUUAAAUGAAUCAAAGGAUAAUGUUGUUGAAAAGCUGACUGCUUGUAAUUUACAAGAAGAAUCGUCUAAUUCUUCAGCAACUGGAGAUUUUGUCUCCCAAAACACAUCAAUUGAUAAUAAUAUGGCAAAAUGUGAACAAUGUUCAUUAUACAAAGUUCGCAUAGAAGAAAUGCAAGAAAGGAUAAAUGAAGUGGAUAAACGUCUUUUGUCAAUGGACAAGCUUAAAGAUGAACAUGAUAAAGAGACAAUUUAUCGAAAGGAGAUGGAAGAAAAAUGGAAUGAAAAAUUAGAUGAACACAAAAACAAGGUACAAGAAUUGAAAAGUUUCUCAGAUCAAUCACACGAAGUGCUUAGUGAUCUUAAACUACAAUAUGAACAGACAGUGAUAGAUUUUCAGAAAGAAAUUAAACUCUGUACAGAAAAUGGUGCUAAAAUGAAGCAACGUAUAUUGAAUUUAGAAGAAGAAAAUCAUAAUUUAAAAGAGAAACACAUGAAGUUUUCUGUACAAUUACAAAAUGAAGAAAUUAAUUUACCCAGUUCAGUAGCGGAACUUCAAGAAUAUUUAUUAAAACGUAAUGAAGAACUUAUAUCCAUGUCUAUAGUAAAAGAAUCCAUAGAAGAAGAAUUUAACAGAAUAAAAAAUAGUACAGCUAUUUCUGAAAGCCAAAUACAAGGACUGAAUUCAACAGUGAUUCUGCUUGAAAAACAAUUACUAGAAGAAAGAAGUCGUUUUUCUGAGGAAAUAAAAAAUACAAAUCGAUGUGAAAAAGAGCUAACAAGCUGUCGCACUCAAUUGGAUUCUGUUACUAAAAGAAAGACUGAAUUAGAAACUAUGGCUUUGGAACAACGAAAUAAAAUUGUAGCUCUACAAUCUGACUUGACCAAUAGUGAAGAAGUACAACGUGAUUUUGUUCGACUAUCUCAGUCACUUCAACAAGAAUUGGAACGUAUCAGAGAAUCUGGCACUUUGGUGCGAUGGGAACAUGAAGAGGAUAUUAUUGACUGUCGUGAUUGUGGAGCUGUAUUCUCCGAUCCUAAAAUCCAAAAGGACCAUUGUAGGCAUUGUGGCCGAAUUUUUUGCCCAUCCUGUUUGUCAAGAACAGUAAAAAGCGGACCUAAUAUGAGGGACUCGCACGUUUGUAGAGUUUGCCACACUUUACUUGUACGGGAUUCAGCGCCGUACUUUAGCACUGAACCUCCUCAUCAGCCUAACUAAAUAAAAAUAAAUGGUUAAACGUUUACCUACACUUGGUGAUACUAGAAUUUAGUUAUAAUUUUUUAUUUGUUUUAGUUAAACUAUAAAUAUUAUAUAUAUAUAUUUUUUUUUAAACUUAUUCUUUACAUUUUAUUUCAGUGUUUAUAAAAAAUGUUGUGGCCUUGUCA